UGCGGAUUGAAUGAUACUUCUUCUUUUUCGCGUGCGGCUAAUAAACCCUACAUUUGAAAGAUCAACGGUCGCGUCAAAGAGACAAAACCCAAAGACGAUUCGGAGUUUCCACUGCAAAGCUUCGAGCUUCGAGAGCAAAACGAUGUCCCAUUCUUCUGCGCCUCGGAUGAGAAAAUGUCGGCAGAAAGAAGAAGAAGAAGAAGAAGAAGAAGAACCACUGGGAGGAGAUAUGGAGGAUCUCUUCAACGAAAAGGAGACCCAGAACAUCAGAACGUCUCUGCUUGAUUGGUACGAUGAGAAUCAGCGAGAUCUACCAUGGAGGAAGAAGACAAGGAGCGAGACUGAAAAAGAGAGAAGAGCUUAUGAGGUUUGGGUAUCGGAGAUUAUGUUGCAGCAAACUAGGGUUCAGACUGUAAUGGAGUAUUACAAACGUUGGAUGCAUAAAUGGCCCACCAUCUACGACCUUGCUCAAGCUUCCCUUGAGGAGGUAAACGAAAUGUGGGCAGGUUUGGGGUACUAUCGACGGGCACGCUUUCUUUUAGAGGGAGCAAAGAUGGUUGUUGCAGGGAAGGAGGGUUUUCCUAAUAAAGCGUCUAGCCUUAUGAAAGUUAAAGGAAUAGGAGAAUAUACAGCCGGAGCAAUUGCCUCCAUUGCUUUUAAUGAGGCGGUACCUGUUGUUGACGGUAACGUGAUUAGAGUGCUUGCCAGGCUAAAGGCUAUCUCAGCUAAUCCGAAAGACCGGCUUACUGUGAAGAUUUUCUGGAAACUAGCUGCACAACUUGUGGAUCCUUCACGUCCUGGAGAUUUCAACCAAUCUCUGAUGGAGCUUGGUGCGACUCUGUGCUCCGUAUCAAAGCCAAGUUGCUCUUCUUGUCCUAUUUCCAGCCAGUGCCGUGCAUAUUCUCUGUUCCAGGAAAACAGAAGCAUUCCCGUGACAGAGUAUCCUACAAAAGUGGUCAAGGCCAAGCCAAAGGUCGACUUCUGUUGCGUAUGUGUUUUGGAAAUACAGAUACAGGAGAAGAACCAGUCAGGAGGUAGAUUUGUUCUUGUAAAGAGACCCGAAGAGGGUCUGCUUGCUGGUCUUUGGGAGUUCCCAUCUGUUAUAUUGGAUAAGGAAGCUAGUCUGGCAGCAAGGAGGAAGGCGAUCAAUCUCUACCUUAAAGAAGCAUUUCAUCUAGAACCCAAGGAAACAUGCACUGUAGUCUCAAGAAAAGAACUUGGAGAGUUUGUCCACAUCUUCACACACAUACGUCGAAAAAUUUAUGUGGAGCUAUUAGUCGUACAAUUUACAGAAGGGGGAACAAUUGAUCUGUUCAAAGAUGAGGCAGAGGACACUCUGACAUGGAAGUGUGUGGACAGUGAUGUUCUUUCUACCAUGGGACUGACAUCGGCUGUAAGAAAGGUGUAUUCAAUGGUUGAAGCACACAAGCAAGAUUUAUCUGUCUCAUCAAAUAGAACAGCCAUUUCCAGGAAACGAAGAAUCACAUGACCUUCUUCUCACAAUUGUCUGUAUGUAUUGUCUAGCAUUUGGAUAUCAAAGGCAUCAAAGACCGGAAACACUUUCGAUUUUUUUCAAAAAAAAAGAAAGACCGGAAACACUUGUGAUCUCGGUUUGACCAAUUAGUUCUACUGAGUAAAGUGACUGGAUCCAGAGUUGAUUAUGUAAGCAAUAUUUAUAAGCCUCAGGUUCUUUCUUACUAAGGUUUUGAUUAUUUUUUAAGUAGGGAACUUUGUAAUCGUUACUUUAGUUUCUGUUAAAUUCAUUA